UGGGGUGAAGAAGGAAAAAGCUUUAAACAGUCGUACAUUGGAUCCCGAAUGCCUUGCGAGUCGAACGUUUUGGCUCCCGAAUGCUGCAAACCUGGAAGUGAGUGUUCCGGUUUGCGAAUGUUCUUUGGAACCCAAACAUCCGUCACGGCUUCCAAUUGGCUGCAGGAGCUUUCUGCAGCCAAUCGGAAGUUGCAUCUUGGUUUUCGAACAUUUUGGAAGUUAACGGACUUCCAGAAUGGAUUCCAUUCAACUUCCGAGGUACCACUGUACAGACAUUAUUCUAUGAUCUCUGUCAAAUCUGAAAGUAUAAUGUACUAUUAUUAUAAGUAUAACGAUGUACUAUUAUUAUUAUUUUUAUUAAAAAAAAUAGGUCCCCCCCUUCGUUGGUUUGUUAAAUAGUUUUAAGUUUAACUUCCUAACAUUAAAUAGCUUUUUAACAGAAAGGAAGAGCACCACAGACACACAAAUCUAUGGUGCAACCACAUUAGGAAUACUGUGUACGGUUCUGGUCAUCUCACCUCAAAUAGGAUACCAUAGAGUUGGAAAAGGUUCAUAAAAGGGCCACCAAAAUGAUCACGGAGAGAAGAAAUAAGCUCGAGGGACUGUCACCAUCCACCUCCCAUUGCAGCCUCUCCCUCUCUGCAACUGCCACCACUGGGGUGUCUGAAUAACCACCUUGCCCUGAGGGGACAGGAGAAUCAGCACUAGUGGCUUUUUCUAAACAAACAAGUUGCCUUAUCUGUUUUAUUGUAACUUUUUGUUUUUUUAAAAAAGUUGUGCUUACUGUUGCAAUAAUCUUAUGUAAACUGCUUUGUGAGGUCUGCCUGAAAAGUAGCACGUAAAUACUGAAAAUAAUCAAAUAAACAAUAAAUUUCCCCAUGAAGAAAGGUUGCGGCGUUCAAGGCUUUUUAGUUUAGAGAAAAGGCGACAAAGAGGUGACACGAUAGAAGUUUAUAAAAUGAUGCUCAACGUUAGAUAAAGUGAAUAAAGGAAAGUUUUUCUCCCUUUCUCAUAAAACUAGAACUUGUGAUUAUCCAAGAAAGAGGGAUGAUGGAAGGUUCUCGCCAGACAGCGCACAGAGGAACAAUGGAACAGGAGGCAGGGAUGGCCACCAGCCAAUUUAAAGGUAAAGGGACCCCUGACCAUUAGGUCCAGUCGUGGCCGACUCUGGGGUUGCAGCACUCAUCUCACUUUAUUGGCCGAGGGAGCUGGCGUACAGCUUCCAGGUCAUGACUAAGCCACUUCUGGUGAACCAGAGCAGCGCACGGAAACACUGUUUACCUUCCCGCCAGAGUGGCACCUAUUUAUCUACUUGCACUUUUGACAUGCUUUCAAACUGCUAGGUUGGCAGGAGCAGGGACCGAGCAACGGGAGCUCACCCCGUCGUGGGGAUUCGAACGGCUGACCUUCUGAUUAGCAAGUCCUAGGCUCUGUGGUUUAACCCACAGCGCCACCCGCAUCCCACCAACCAAUUUGGGUGGCUUCAAAAGAGCUUUAGCCAAAUUCAUGGAGGACAAGGCUAACAUCUACUAGGUGAGAGAACAGGAGAACAGGAUGCUGAACUAGAUGGCCCAUUGCCUGGCCUGAUCCAGCAGGCUCUUCUUAUGUUCUGACACGCAGAGCGGGAACGCACUAGAGCCAAGCAGGCAGCCCAGAGGGUCUGUGGUUGCGCUGACUUGAGAAGCCAGGCCCACCCCCUGGGGCGGGACCUCCCUACCGGUGCGCAGACAGAAGACACCCUCGCAAACUUGGGAGCCGGCUCUCUCCUUAAGACUCGCCUCUGCCGCCUGCUGCUGAAGCGGCUCCGAGCUGCCAAUCACCAGCAACGCUCGACCCGCGCGCUCCGCGCGUCGAGAUCUCUCCUGCCUCUCUCGGGCUCUCCAGUUUGCUGCUGCUGCUCCGCUGCUCGCGCACCGAGCACAUUCUCUUGCCAGCUUCUGCAAGCGGCAACUGCGCGCGGGGCGCACGCCUGUUUGCAGCCCGUGUUUGCAGGCUUUCCGCGCGCUGCAAGCCUGAGAUUCAGCGCGCGCGGCGUGCAUGUGCCAUUUCAACUUUUUAUCUCUUUCCUAAGGGGAGACCGGGCUUCUGGUUUUCCUUGGUGAAGUGAAUAAGAGAAGGCAAACUUUCAACCUUCUUCUUUUGGAGAGCGAUAUUCUUAUCCAGAGCUGAAGUGACAAAUGGGCAUUUAAAGGGGCCGCUGGAUUAAGUUGGCGCUGGCGAGGAAAACACCUCUCAAGAUUGCCUGGCCGGACUUGGAUGGUGGAAGAGCCGGAAUCCCUUCAGCAUUACUCCAGAGCUACCCGAUGGACUUGGAUGUGAGGAUGGAAAAGAAAAACAUGGAUCAUUACCUACGCCGUCUGAAGCAGGAGUUGGUAAGAAAUGCCCGGUAAAAGAAGGGACUGGGGGACUGGGUAUGAGGAAAUAGAGUCUGCCUUUCGGAUCUGUCUCCUGCUCCGUUUGCAACUUCCCAGCUAGGGGGUGUCAGUCAAUGAAUGUUCCCUCUCUCCCGCUCUCCUUCCUGCACAGCGCUUAUUUCCCGGGCUUUGUUUAGAGAUCUCGCCGUGUCCUUCCUUUGCAGCUGUGUGGCCUCCAAUUUCCCCACGGGGGAUUUUUUUGUUUCCUUCCAAGCCCCUGGGAUGAGAUGGGAUAAAGAGGAAGACUCCACAGUCCUCUCCCACCCCCACCCCCCACAUCACGGAAAGUGGUUUCCAAAUCUGUUUGCACAGUUUAGCUUUUGCCGCUGACACGGUGGCUAAAUCCCAUUGACAGUAAUAGGUGUUUAACCCUUCUCUCUAUGUGUGUUUGUGUCAGCACGAAAGAAGGAACCUCUUCUCUUUUCUGGCUGGGAGCGCUGGCACCGACAGCCACCCCCUCACCCCGCACUCCUUUGCUCUUCCUGCAAAGGCAUCGCCUUCUGUUUGUUUAACUGUGACAGGGAGCGGUGAACUUUGUAAUCAGUUCAGACACCGAGCCCUUUAUCAUGAGCCCUGAAAGGGAUUAUAAACUGGCAUCGCAUCACAACCUGUUACUGUCUUCCUUCCCCACGUUCUUGCACUGUUAGUAUGAGCAUCUAACUGGAUAGAAAGCUGCACACACCCACAUCAAAACUGCGUUCUCCCAAGACCUAACUGUGUACCUCCAUUCAUUUUCUCCUUCCUAACCUGGACCUGUCAGGCAGGUUUACCCUUGGGCUCCUUCCCAACGUAACUCAUCAAUUUUUCUCCUCUGGUAGCCCAGCUCUGAAACAUUUUUUUUUCCAGAGCACAGAUGUGGUCGUAUCAUCUCUCCAGGCUUUCUGGUUGCCUGCCACUUCUUUUAAUUAUAGGGGUGCCUCCAAAUCUUCAGAGGCAGACGCAUACCACAAGGCAAUCAUUUCCCAUUGGCUUUCUCUCCUAAGCUUCCGUUUUUUGUUUGGUAUUGUACAGUUUUGCUAAUAGCCCUGCUGGAGCGUUUUAAUUUUCAUGUAAAGUAGCGACAUCCAGUUCUGGAAGAUGCCGAACGCCACUUGUUCAGUGUCCUAAAAGGAAAUGCUGAGCCUCGCAUCAAAUUUCCAUCUAUAGAAUGUGAGCCUGGCAUUCUGGAAAUAUCUGAGGUCCAUUACCCAUCACACCAGCUACACCAGAUAGCUGUUGCCAUUAUUGUUAUUCCCAUUUUACAGAUGGAAAACUGAGGACCCACAGCAAAGUUCAUACAAUUCGAACCUGAGUCUCCCCAACUGCGCAGCUAGACCGUGUUUCCAUUUUACAGCCGAAUUCCUUCACUGCUGACUCUGAAAGAUUUGCAUUGAGCCGUAUUGAAUGUCUCUAGCUGUGCAUUCAAAUAAAAGAAAACUGGAAUCCUGGUAAAAUUCAAUGUAAAGGUGAUGAUGCCCAAGUGAUGAGAUGCAAAGGGCUUUGUCAUGUCUCCCUCCUUUCUACCUUGGCAGUGGAGAUCCACCACUAUACCUUGCAGCACAUUCUGACUCCCACCCAAUCAAUUCCAGUUCCUUCCCUGUCUUGUCACUGCCUGUUCCAUCCACAGACACUUAAUCUAAUUUAUGGUGCUGGAGGCAGGCCAGUCAGCUAGAAUUUUUUUCUACCCAGACUUUCCCCCUUAAGGACACAGCCAAGCUGCUUUGCAAAAUCCUGCACAUUUUCUUUAGAAAUGCAAGAAGAAUGUUAUUUCUGCAACUCUUCUAAUCUGUGUAUUAUUUUACAACCCCCUUUUCUUAGCCACUUUCACAGCUACCCUGUAAGGUAGCGCCGCCACCCCCACCCCCCCAGCAUAUUACCAUCUACAGACUAAACAAGUGUUGUCACCUAGUGAUAAAGUGGGGCGGAGUUGUGGCUUAAGUUCCUAUCUCCCAGAUCCACAUAUAAUACCUUAAUUACUAGACUGCACUGCUUCCAAAAAGGAGAAGAGAUCAGAGUUGUUACCUCUCUCUUAGAUGUAAAUGGCUCUUUGGGCAGAGAUUGACGAGUGUGAUACUGAGCACCUCGCACUGACAUUCUGCCCUUCCUCCACCCCACGGCUCAGGCACAAGUGUUUCUUGCCGUGACAUGUUUGGGCUUGCCCACCAGCAGAUGCAUCUAUCUGAUGCCCUAGUUUUUUGUUCUAAUGGAUUAGUAAUGAAGCAUCGGGAUGUCUUUAAAUAAAGCGCUGGAAUUGUUCAGCAGGGCUAUGAAAAUGAGAAGAAGAAAGUUCAUGUCACAUGUGAAUAAAUAAUAGCAACUGCAGUUCUGAGAGAGAGAGGGAAAGGUCAUGGAAGAGUCAAAAUGGUAUGAAGAGCUUGGGGAUACAAAAGCUUUCUUUACAGCCAAAAGAUGACUACCACCAACACUAGUGAAUAAAAUCCAAGUGGGGCCAGCCCAAACUGGAAUUCAUAAUGCGCUCCAGUGUCUUAAGACCAUGAUCUGCCAGGGAUUUAAUUCUAACUGGAACCAUAAAAGCAGACCUUUUAAGUGCCAGAAUGUUGCUCAAGUGUCAUGCGCAUGGGAUUGAUGCUUUAGUGGAGGUGUGCAAAAGUGCCAGAGUCCCAUUUACAGCCCAGUCCUAGGCAUAUUUACCCAAAUGGAAGCCCCAAGUAGGAAUAUAUAGGAUUACAAUCCUGUACAGUCGUACCUUGGAAGUCGAACGGAAUCCGUUCCAGAAGUCUGUUCGACUUCCAAAAUGUUCAAAAACCAAAGCGCGGCUUCCGAUUGGCUGCAGAAAGCUCCUGCAGCCAAUCGGAAGCAGCAGAAGCCCCAUCAGUCAUUCAGCUUCCAAAAAUAGUCCACAAACCAGAACAGUCAACUUCCGGGUUUGCGAGGUUUGGGAGCCAAAAUGUUUGGGAACUAAGCUGUUCGACUUCCAAGGUACAACUGCACUCACACAAGCACUGAAGAUGCACUGCCAGCAGAAGGCUGCUACAUCCAGUGUGUGCUCAACUUGCUCAGGCAGGAGAAAACUGCAGGCAGAAAAUACAAAUAUGGUGUAAAAUGACAGGCAUGCCCACAGUGUUCCUGAGAACGCAGCCCACCAAUCAGGGAAUGUGCCAAGGAUGGUGUCUGUGAGGCAGCCAAUGAACUCGUGGGCAUGCCUCAGAAAUCAUCACAUGCACAACUUGCCCCCCUGUUCUAUCUGCCCCAGUGACACAGCCAACAAUGGUCCUGCUGCCAGUCCCUCGGGUGUCCUUCCAUGCGUGGGUUUGAAUCACCUUGCACACAAUCCACCUAAAGGGGAGAAGGCCCACAACACAGCACUCACAUAUCUCCUUGGGGCAGGAUAUAUACAAGCAGGUUGCACAGUCCUCUCCUUGGAUGGGGUCCAGAGCCACCCAUGGGACAAGCAGUCCAGAAGAUGGGCAGGAAUAUGCAGUGAAAGUGGCUGCAGGAUAGGAGCCUCUGUGGUCUCCCUGCAAAGGGCAAGGGGUUAGGAAGCAGGAGAUUGGAGACCAAGCCUCACCAGGGGGAAGGGGAGAAAUACAGCCUGACUCUCCUCUCGCAUGCCUGGCAAGAAAUAUGUCAGGGUCAAAAGAGAAAGGGCUCCCAGGACUUGAAGCUCUAUAGAGCAGUUUCCCGACCACUUAGCCACAACAUUGGACGGGAAUCUGCCCCACUGCCUUAAGACCCGUUAAUAUGGGUUGCAGCAGGAAACUUAGCCAGAUAGAACAAUUCAUUCUAUAUAUGCAGGGGGACCCAGGUUUGAAUCCACAGUACAAUCCCACAUUAGAAUAGGUGGCAAAUGGCACCCUACAUGUAGGCACACCCUAGCCAAUCAGAAGGAGGGCAGCAUGGACCAAUAGUACGGCCCCUGCAUGGACCAAACAGUCCUUUUGGUCUGGCUCCUCAUCCUGAAAGCCCAUGGUGUUCUGCCAGCAUUUUUUUGUCCUAUAUCUUGCCUUCCACCAGCAUAGUGGGCUUCUGCUGAACCCUACAGGCCCUCAGGCACCACUGCCCCAGACCUCCUGGGUCUUGAAACGCUUCACUUUAGGAUUGUGCCUUUGUAAGCAGACCCUGAAAUAUAGAUUCCCUGCUCCACCACCAAAAGUAUUAAUUCCAAGCAGUUUCAGAACUGCUUAUAUUUUAUUCACUUAGAUUUUCAAAGUUCUAUCUGUUAUUUGGCACAUGGUGCAUAACAACCAUCCAAAGUAUAAAUAAUGCAAAACAAACACACGCAAACAGUCAAAGCACUUUAAUCAUCUAAAUUUAAUGCUUGCGGACCAUAAAAGAUGUGCAUCCUUAUGCCUAAUCACUAAGCGCCUGCUUCAGUGAAAUGCACUUUACACUUUAUUAAAAAUAAAACAAAAAAGAUCUUACAACUUGUUGAAGGGGCUUCUGAAAUUUGAAUUUCAAGGAGGGGUGCUCUUUUUCCCGGAUCUGUGCCCUGGGAGCAAUCUCAUGGGAAUCAUAUAGAUACACUUGAACUUGAGUACUCUUGCAAAAAUCUUGCAGGCACAGCUGUAGUUGGAGGGAGUUGUCCCAAACAUCAGGAUCAGGAAGGAUGACAUAGAUGUUACUAUUGUAAAGAACAGUUGGCAUGGGAAUUAAAUGAGUUUCAGGUUGCCCCUCACUCUAGAGUAGGAAUGGGGGAGAAAUUUGAUUGAGUUUGCAUUUAAAGGUGAACCUACCUAGUUUGCACUUUCUGACACAUUAUGAGAACUGAAGCACAGCCUUCCUUCAGAAUUCACACUUCUCGAAUUUUGCAAUGCAGUUCUCCAGCCAAGGGAUGUGUACAAAAACACAUACACUAGUGUAAAGCAUCCAUAAGAAUACAUAUAUAAGUGAAAAUGAUAUAUACAAGAAUGCGUUAUUUUAUGGAAAAUUGCUUUGCAAAAAUGUUUAUAUUAGGCAAAAUUGCAUACAAAUAUGUGUCUCGUGGGAGAAAUUCACACUAAAAUGCUGGUGGAUUUUCAUGAGGUUGUUAUUUAUUAGUCAUUCAUUUAAUUUUAUUUUUUGUGAACUGUUGGGGAAAUGUGGAGAACUGAAUUUGAGAAUGGAAAACUGAGGGGAUGAGAAAAAACUAAAGUGACAGAUUCACCUCAUCUGUACUCUAUAGUAGUUCAGUUGAUUUUAGUAAAUCUACCUUGGAUAACCUGUGAAUAGCUCCUCUGUUGAGUACAGUGUACUCCUUCAUAUGAGCAAGCCAUGCAAGUAGACAACAGCCACUGCUAACUUCAAGGGAGUCAGAUGGACAAAGGCUCUGUAUUCCACAUCAUGGGAGAAGAGAAAGGUGGGAGGGGCUCAUCUAUACCCAAUGAGACUCCUAGUUGCUUUGUAUUGGCCAGGCUGAGAUUACAUCUCUAGAAAGAAGAUGCAUUUCCAUAUAAUGCGUCUUUUGAUUUGCUAGACGACAUUAUGCUGUUGUCCCCACUUCCAAAAUUUCUCCUGUGGUCAUGAUGUCAGAUCACCUUUCUAAAAAGAAAGCUGUUAUUCUUAGAGUUUUAUUCAUGAUCUGUUAGUUUAUAUGAUUUGAAGAGAAACCUGAGUGUUUUUUCCAGAAUGGCCUCCUAGAAGUACACAGCACAAUACAGCCCAGAACAAAGGAAGCUGCCAUUUACAGAUUCAGACCAUUGGUGCAUCUAGUUCUGUAUUGUCAACACUGAGUUUCAGCAGCUCUGCUGGGGUUCAGGCAAGGGGUAGUCCCAGUCCUCCAGGGAUUGAACUCCAGAACUUUGGCAUGUGAAGCCUGUGCUCUAGCCCACAGCUGCAACACUUCCCUUAAACACAUUUAUAUGGAACAUGGGAAGAUGCCUGAUACCAGGUCGGAUCAUUGGUCCACCUGGCCUAGUAUUGUCAACACUGACUGUCAGCAGCUCUUCAUGGUUUCAGGCAGGUCUUGCCCAUCUCCACCUGGAAUUGCUGGGGAUAAUAAUAUUUAUAUACAGUUGUACCUUGGUUGUCAACGCCCUGGAACUUGGACAUAUUGGCUCCUGAAUGCCGCAAACCCGGAAGUGAUUGUUCCAGUUUGCGAACGUUCUUUUGGAACCUGAAUGUCCGACGGGGCCUCUGCGGCUUCUGAUUGGCUGCAGGAGUUUCCUGCAGCUAAUCUGAAGCCAUGAUUUGGUUUCCAAAUGUUUCGGACAUCGAAUGGAUUCUGUUCCACUUCCAAGGUAUGACUGUACUGCCCUUCGUCCGCAGAUCUCAGGGUAGUUCACAAGAUAAAAAUACAAGAUAAAAGCACAAAUAAAUAGUUAGAAUGAAACAAUAACCCCCCUGCCACAUGCAGUAUAUUAAUAAAAAUAUAGAGCAUGUUUUCAAAGUAUAAAUAGUUAGAUUCUCCAACAACUCAAGGAAAGUAAAUAGCAUCUUUCUUUCUUUUUUUGAAAAUGAAACAGACCCUGCUCUCCACAAUUAAUUCUGGGGUUUUCCCAUGGAUUUUAUCAGGAUUUAAAUAAGAUUCUGAAGUGGCUUGUGGAUACUUGCUCAGGUUCUGUCUGUGCUUAUGUUCAGUUUCCCUGUGAUUGAUGGGAGAAAAAUGUGUGCCCGUUUGAAAAGAUAAAAUCUGCUGCAAUAUAACUGUCUGGCAGCACCACACCCAACCCUGAGGCCUUGGCCCCAAAGUGCAAGAGCAUGAGCCGUGGGAGCCUGGCAUGGUUCAGAGGGCGCAGGUUGGAGUCAUAUCCGUAUGCGUCUGUUAAGCACAGGCGCACAGAAGUACUCAAGUGUGGCAGAUGUAGCCUGGAGAAUGGGAUUACCAAUAUUAUAAGGCUAGACAAGAAGCACGGAGAUGCAGUGAUAAAAAAAAGCGCCCCUAACUGACUUUUUACCUGUUACGCAAUGCUAAAAUUGUACCCAGGACUGCCAGGAAAGAAAAGGAAAAAAAUUGGCAGCCUUGCAUAGAGUGCAAGCCAGAAUCAUUACAUUCCGUGGGAGUUUUGCCAUAGCUUUAAUGGAAACUGAAUGACACUCUUACCACAGAAUCAAAAGCACAUUGACUUGGAAGUAAUUUUUUCGAGAACUGGAUUGAUUUUCAAAAGUGCAAGAUCAAUCCCUGAGCAUCAGGGUUAAUCAGCAUAUGAUUUUGCAGGCUCCAGCUCCAAAACAGUUUUUUCCCCUUCUAUAUAAAGGCAUCUCCCCACUUACAUGGGGGUUACGUUUCGGGCUACUGCAUGCACAAGUGAAAUCACGUACAGUGGGGAGCAUCCUCCAAAAAGCCUCUAAAUGCCUAUUUUUCCAGCUCUCUCCCCCGCUUUCUCCCCAAUCCAGACCAAAAUAUCUGCAGUUGAAGCUCUGGGGCCAGUUGGAGGAUGCAUGGGAAAGUGGCAGCAGCUGAGCUACCCCACAUGUCAGCUGCUAGGCGGGAAGGCUGAGCAGCCUAAACAAAGCCCCGCUGUGCCUCUGGCCUCCUCAGGGCUUCCUCUGCCCUUGCUGACGUCUUCUUUGGGCUCUGGGGAGGGUCUUCUCACGAGUCACAAGGACUCUUCAUCUCUCUCCUGCAGAGGUUGGAUGGCCAUCUGUCAUGGAUGCUUUUGCUGAGAUCCCUAUAUUGCAGGGAGUUGGACUAGUUGACACUUGUGAUCUCUUCCAACUCUACAAUUCAAUUAUUAUAUUUCUUGGUAUGAAUCUGUUUGUUUAUUUAUUUAUUCCCCAGUGCCUCAUGAAUAGGCAGCCACACGUAAGGAAAACGCAUGUAAGCUGGGAGGGUGCUAUUUAAAUAUACUUAUGGCAUAAACUUGACAAAGUCUUGCUCUCCGGUGUAGCCAAAGCUCUGGAAGUCUGACCCAGCCAUGUGCUAUACUUUGAGCAUCCUAAUGAAGGCUUGCGGGUGUAUUCUCCAGCCUUAGCACAUGUGUAAAUGGUUUUAGAUUUGGUCUUUGAUUUAGGUGCUGCAUUGAUUUAGGCUCACAUCUUUAUGAUCUCAUAUACCAUCUAACUGAGCAAUAAAGUAAAUUUGCCGGGACAAGAGAAGUACGCUAACAGAAGCCAUCCUACAUUCUCCUGAUGUGAAAUAUUUCAAAUCAAUACUCUCUUGAAUUAAAAUAGAUGAAAUUUCAUUUUUCCAAAAGGCAAGCAAUUUAACAGAUAGCUAGAACCAUCUGGACGCAUUGGGGCUGGGAACUGAAUCUGUUGACCCUGACUUUUUCCACCACUUAGUUCAUUACCAGCCAGGUCAUGACUUGAGUUAUUAAUGCAGCAGAACCAAAAGUAGCCUUUUUUAUAUCCCCAGAUAAAGACAAUAAACAUGGUAUUCUUCACAGUUUAAGUAGGAGUUCAUUUUUACGCUCCCAGUUUGCAUUGAAUAAAAUGCUGAUUUGCAGUAUGCAGACACAACAAGCACUUGUUUUCUGUGUCAAGAGGAGCAGAAUAAAUGUCAGAUUGCAGCGAGGUCUUGUAAGGCUGGCCCACUUAAGGAAGCAAAUCUUGUUAAUGGUUGGUAAUGUAAGGGAGGGGAAAGAUAAUGACAGCCAGCAGGAUAGGAACUUAGCUUGGCUUUGUUUGAUGACUGUUUCAACCUAUUGCUUUAUAGAUGCUGGUAAUCAUGACAACGUACAUUGUUAGGGCUUAAUGUGAGAAAUUAAUUCUGUCAAAAAGCUCACUUUAGUGCCAGCCUCAGCUUAAGGUUUUCUUCCUUCCUUUUUCUUGUUGGGUUCACCAUAGUGUAGGGAACUGUUUUGGGCUAGGAUCUGGGAGAUCGGAGUUCAGAUCACCACUAAUCGAUGUGAAGCGCCUGGAUGGUUUUAGGACCAUCACUGUCUCACAGACUAAUGUACCUGGACAUGGUUGCUGUGAGGAAAAGUUUCAGAAGAGGAGAUUCGUGAACUUGAGCUCCUUGGAAGAAAGAUGGGAUAUAGAUGAAAUAAUACAGGGGUGGACUUGAGUAAUCUGUUGUAAUAUGGUGGCCUGUGUGAGGCCAAAAUUUGGCGCCCCAAAAUGGAUCUUCUCAGUUCUGGAUCUUCUCAAUUUUGCACCCCCUUGACUCAGUUCCUUUGCAGGGGAACUACCCACACUGCCCUAAAUCUGGUGCUGAAUAAUAUAUGAACAAAUUUAAACAUAAAAAAGAAGAAACAAAAAAAAAGAAAUAGGAUUUCCGCAUCCGAACUAUAACUGGCACAUGGUUCUUUUUUUUCAAAGUACGCUUUUUGAGGUGCAAACCAAACCCUGCACAUAUGUAUAAGCAGACACAAAGAGACUCACAAAUCGUUACUCUAUAGAAUGCUGGUGAUGGUUUAGAACUUCUGAUCUCUAAGCACACUGUAGAACAGACUUCUUAUUCCAGGUGCAAGCUUUUAUAUGUGCAAUUGUUUUACCUGUUUUUAUAUACUAUAUGUAACUUUUAUAUAUGAUGUUAUAUUGUAAAUCACUUCAGAGGGUGCCUCAUAAGAAGUGAUUCAUAAACAAAAUGAAAUAAAUAUAAACACCACCAUAACAACAAGAGCUCACACCCCUGUGAGGAAUUGCUGGUAUGGAGCACAGAGUUAUGUACAGGAAACAACUGAUUAACGCACGUCUGAAUGAUAUGUGAUUGUGCUUGGUGCCGAACCCAGAAGUGACCUGAAAACAUCACUAAACACAUCAGUAAAAGGAUGGGGUGUAACGAGGGGAAGCGUACUUAUAUGUGCUCCACUGAUGCACAUGGGGGCUAGGAACAGCUAUCCUAUUGAGUGAGACAUGCUAAGAGUAAAACAGGCCUUCCAUACCUCAAAUGCUGGGCUGUGUUCUUACCACCAACUAUAUAAACAUGCUAUGAAACUUACAUGCAUCUUGGUACCUGUUCGCUGCCCAUGCAAGAAUUCCCAUGUAUAAGAAAGCAUGCAGAAACAUAGCUCAUAAUCUAGCCGUAAGCACUUUCCACAAAUGCGGUAACUCCAGAAGUGUUGCCACAACCAUAGGAAUUGUUCCUGAACAUCUAUGCUCCUGGGUCACACGUUGUGUUUUGCCCAUGUGAUCACAUACCUGUGGCUUUUGGGGAGCAGUGCUCUGGAGCAGCAAACUGCAUGUGUGAGUGUCCCUAAGCUUGCUCCACAUUUGCUGUUGCUGUUCUCGAGCAACAUAAUUACCUGAACAAAGCCUGGUACAUUUCGCUCUGACGUCCUUGCAAUGCGUUCAGCAUCUUUGAGUGUCCCAUGAGCAGUCAUUGUCUAUGCAGAUCAGUGGCUGAGAGGCAGCAUCUGUUGAUACACAGUUUUGCCAACAUGUGCUGAGCUGUGUGAUAUAUUGCUUGUAUAAAUACACUCUGAAUAUAAAUAUGCUGGAACUGGGCUUCCCAUCAACUCACAGUCAAAGCCUGGCCAAACGUCUGCAUGAUCACAGCUACCCGAAAAUAAAUGUGAACUGAAUGAAUGGAAUACCUUUUUGUGUCCGGGUAGAAGGUUUUCCCAUGGAAGCUGAUAACCGCUGGUGCACUCAGAUUUCUUUCCAGAUGGCUUUCAUUCAGAUAAUUUGAAUUGUCCAAAUACAAGCGCUUGAAACUUGUGAUCCUCUCAGCUGGCACCUUCAUUCAUUAGAAAGAGCACAGCUAGAUCGACAACAGUCCAGUGGAUGGACAACCAGUCCAUUUUAGCCACUGCACCAGGUUCCCAAAAGUGACUUUCCAUUGGCAAUCCUGCAGUCUCCCAACUGGAUGCUGUAUUCUUCCUGGGGCAGGAGGAGGCGCAGACAGAAUAACACUGCUGCAGAUUAAUUGCUGUGCUACUGUUUGCCGCAUUCAAAAAAAAUCUGACUCAGUGUUUGCUUGGAGAUAGACUAAUGAGGGAGUGUUGAUUACAUAAGUUUUUUUAAAAAUUAAAAAAAAAUAUUUCCACAGGCGUAUUCGCAAGUAAUUCUGCAUGCUGCUGUGAGUUCCUUCAAACAGAUAGUCUUGCAAAAAAUAAAAUAAAACCUAUCAUGUGUGGUUGGAUGUGUAUUUAUCACCGAUAGCAGGCAACAUGGUGGGGUAGCAACACUCACCUGACCUCCUGGCACCUGGGGUGCUGCUGCUUACUGGGAGGGGAGGGGUGAUGCAAACACACUGGCAGAGUCAGUCUGGCACUCCUACUGGUGCAUUUGCACUGCUCUGACCUCCCCACUAUCUUGCCCCCUCCCCCUUGCUAAUAAGCAACAGUGACUCUGUUGUUUGGAGGUCAGGUGAGCUCCGUUGUCCCACCUAGCCAUACGCUGCUGUCUAUUAGUGCUGGCUUUAUGAAUAUGAGAUUUAUGGGAGGUUUUGCCCUUGCCACCCAUUUUAUUAUUACUUGGAAUCGUCUCUUUAUCUGUUCUUCUGUAAGUCACCUCAAGUAAGCAUUAAUCAUAAACACUUCCUAUAAGUAUUUUAAAAUAAUAAUAACUAAUAAAACCAAAAUACUGAAAAGCAGAAUAAAAGGGGGGGGGGGAGUAAAAACAGCUACCCAAGCUACUUUCGUUAAGAUAGCUUUAAGCAGGUUAAAAACCAGUUAUAAGGUUGCAAGCCUAUACAGUCGUACCUUGGAAGUCAAACGGAAUCUGUUCCGGAAGUCCGUUCGAAUUCCAAAAUGUUCGAAAACCAAAGCGCGGCUUCUGAUUGGCUGCAGGAAGCUCCUGCAGCCAAUUGGAAACCAUGGAAGCCCGGUCAGACGUUCAGCUUCCAAAAGAAUGUUCGAAAACUGGAACAGUCACUUCCAGGUUUUUAUCAUUCGGGAGCCAAAACAUUCGAGAACUAGGCUGUUCAACUUCCAAGGUAAGACUGUACUUGCUUACUUGGGAGUCAGUCCCUUUGAACUCUGUGGGGCUUAGUUCUGAGUAGACAUGUAUACGAUGGCCCAAGGGAAAAAUCCAGAAUGCUUAUAGCCCAAAGGCCUUUGGAAGCAACUAGCAGGUUGUGGGGCAGAAGAGUUAUGUAUUUUGAUCAGAAAUGGUGUGAUCUGGAUCAGGGGCCAUACCUCUAACAUGUAUAUCAAAAGCAGAUAAAUAAAGCACAGAAUAGAUUAUCUCUAGGUAAACAUAUCGUUUGUUAAGGGCCUAGAUUGGAGAGCUAAAAAAGUAAUUUUUUCACGCAGUGAUAUACUUUAUUGACGGGUUCACAAAAUGACAGGCACUAUGUUAUGGGGAGAUAACUGUGCUGUUCUUCAGUAUUGUUCCAUUCUGCCUAUUUUUUGCGAGAAUUGAGCAUAUAAAGGGGUGGAGGCUGGGGGAAGUGGGCUCUGAAGCAAAGGGCAGGAAGGGGCAAUGUGGGACACCUCCUUCCCCAGAUGUUUGACCCCACUUCCCCCCAUGCCUGAUCAUUGAUCAUGCUGGUCAUUGGAGUUGGGAGUCCCCCAACAUCUACAAUCACCUGGUUUCAAUUCUGCUGGUUAUACUUUUAUAUUGAUUUAGAUUGCUUUAUGUGCACCACUUAAGGAUUCUUUGAUUAACUGGAGGAUACAUUCUUCUAAAUAAAAAUAAUAAAAAUGGAAAUAAUAAACAUCUGAAGAGCCACAGACCCUCCAUCCCUGCCCUAACCCAUUGCACUAGUGCCGCAAUAACAUGCACUCACGUAAUAUAAGAAUCCCAUUUGAAACUCACCCGACAGCAGCACCAUGACAGAGCUGUGUAUAGUCAAACAUAAAAUCCUGCUCAUCUAAUUUCCGGCUCAUAAAUUUUGCCAUGGAUUUAAAAUCUCUGAAGGGAAUAAAUCGCUCUCCAGCCUUACAGAUAAAGAAAACAAAUGACCAGGAGGGAGCUGGAGACAGUAUCUUUCCAAUUUCCUGUUCAUCAGUUCAACUGAAGUGGCAAAGACCUACAUCAGCAUAGGCCUGGGGAGACACAGGCACCCAUGGAUGCAUAACCCAGAGCAGCUUUUGCAAAUAGUAAUCUUUCGUGAUUUUGACGCGGCAUGAGUGCUGUUAGCCUGCCAGCAUCCUCAGACACAGCUGGGCGUUGAUAUAAAUCUACGGGCUCUGAAAAAGAUGGUAUCACUUACUUGCAAGGAGCCUGCAUAAAAAAUGAUCUUUCAGACACAAAAGGCUGUUCAUGCAAGGGAAAGGUUUGGAAUAUGCCACACACAUAGUGCUAUCUCCUGUGUAUUCCUUUUACUGAAGGCAUAUCUCUUCCAGGUAAAGCGUGGAAAUGCAAUGAUCAUCUUUCUGAACUAGGUCAAGCACUCAGACACAGGUAGCCUCUAUCUUGUGCUUAUUGCUAUUCUUGGUCACAGGUGUAGGGAUAGACAGAUCACUCUGUUUCUAAUCCAAGUCAGUUCCUCAGGUAUUCAUUCAAAGUGUUCUGCAGCCAUUUUCGCAUCAAUCUGAUUCCACCCCACUUCAAACCACACCAAAAUUAGAAGUAGGCAAAUAGGCACUGAAAAACCUAAAGUUUUCAUGGUUUUACGUUAUUCUAAACUAUGCAUUUCUUGUACAUAAUUUUUAUAUAUACUUUUGGUUAUGACUUGUAGAAGUCGAUUAGCCUAUAACCUGUUGGCCCACCAUCUGUUGUUGAUACAACACCGCAGAGCAGGAAUAAGGUGCAAUCUGGACAUCAGCAGCCUAGGAGUCCCUUCUGAAAAUUGUAGCCAAAAACAACGUCAUGAAUAUGCCACAGGCAGCAGCUAUUGUCUGUUUAGUACAGAGGCAGAAUCAGAGAUGGGUAUGCCAGGGUCUCUAGUUGUGGUGUUAAUAAAUGGGAAGGAGUGGUCUAGUGGAAGAUUAGACAGGAGCAAGUGUGGGUGGUGGAAGUGGUAGGCAGAAUCCCAGGAUGGAAGUCAACAUCACUCUUCUUCCAAACAUUAUAUCUGUGCAUGUAUUGCAGCUUCAGAGAUGGAACAAUACAUCCCUGUGUUUUGUUCUGGUGAUUCUCCACCCCCUCCCCAUGCCAAGCGAAUUUUGAGGGAGGAGAGGAAACUCCAUGGUACAGUUGGAAGUCCUUGCACAGCGCAGGGAUGGCUAGGGCAAUCCAGCCCAUAGAAUUCAGGGACAAAGUAAGGCAAGGGAAGCGGAAGGGAACUUCAGGCCUAGGGAUUCAAUGUGACCCUCCAAAUCACGCUGUCUGGCCCUCAAAUCUCUCCCCAGGCCACACACCCUUUACUAACCCUGCUUUGAACCCUCCUUGAAAGUUUUGGCCUGGCUGAAAUGUGUCCUUGAACGUCAAUAAUGCAUCAUGCUUCCCUAAACAAAGGAUAGAGAGGUUUGUGUAGAAGCUAGCCUUAGUAUGUAAAAGUGAAAUUUACAUGCAUUGCUUUGUUCACUUUUAUGUCUGGCACCACCCACCAAUGUCAUGUGGCCCCCCAGAAGGUUGUUGAGAAGGGAAUGCGGCCCUCAAGUCUGAAAACCUUUCCUCGUCCUUGUUUUAGGAUAUCUCAAGACCUAAGCACAGCAAAGUAAGCUGUUGCCUCUGUGAUGGGCUGUAGAUAGCCCAAAAUUUGUCAUAUCCAGAAGUGACUGUUCACUUGCCUUAGGUAAAGCCAUUCAAUGUGCCAGCAGUGCUACAUCAGAGCCCUUGUGCCAGAUCAAAUCUACAAUUAGAGCGAGGUAAUGAAAACAUGCAGCUGCAGAAGGCUGUGUGCAUGUGUGCGUGUUUAAAAUCACCCCCUCUACAAAACAUUGGAGAGUGAGGAUUUGUCCUUCUCACCCAGAGUUGUAUUUAGCUCAAAUUUUGCAUCAAAAUAAACAGUGAUGGAAGGUGUGAGACUGAAAAUCCAAGAGCUUGGCAGUGUUCUGCCCACCCCUGCCCUGUACAUCACAGUACAGCAGAAGAACAUUCCUUGUGAUGGAGAAAGCGUAGCUCCUUUAUUUGUAUGCCAGCUGCCUCCUCCUGGCUUCUGUGAAACUCACUGGCUUCCAUGUAGCAAUUUGUACGUACACUUCACAUGCUCGAAAAAUACACUUCCUGAGGAGAGGCUGUCUGGGUGGCGUUCCAGUAAGAUUUAGAUGUUAACUCAAUUAGCCACCAAGGCAAUAGUGUGUAAAUGCAGCUAUAGUAAUGUGCAUUAUCCUAUUGACCUCCCAUUACCGUCUCUGCCUCUGCUGGCAGAAUUCACAGCUGAAGAGCAAUUGGGUUCACAAGUUGACAGCCAAGAAUGGGAUCAGUGAGAGGCAAUGGCUUCUUUCCUUGUGGAUGCAGCCUAACGCAACAGAAACACAGACCUUUGCUCUUGAAAACACUUGCAUUAAUGUCUCUCAGCGAGAAAUGGUUUGCUACUGUUCAUAAAUGUGCCAUUGCUUAUUUUUAUGCUUGGGUGGUGUUAGAUUAUGAAGCGGCACAUCAGAAAUGUUUGUUGGACCAUCUCUAGAGACCCCCUAGGGAUGUUUUUGCAGGGCUUAUUCAGAGCACCCAAAACCGUGUCUGGUUUAAUUUCAGCUUUUACAUUUUUAUAUGGUUUGCCAUUAUUUUAUUUCUGUUUUCAAUUGUAUUGUGUGAAUAUUGUGUAUCUUAUUGGGAUUUGCAUGGCCAAGGAAGGUUCAGUCCAAGCUCUCAGGCAGAAUUCUCAGCCAUUGCCCACAACCUGAUUCUUUAAACUGUAUGAUCAGCGUUCUUCUACCUUAGGGAGAUGUUGGGGCUCCCAGCACCCCCAGCUCUCUAUUCUAGACCACCAACCUUGUAAAGUUACCUCUUUCUCCCUCACAGUUGACUCUCCUUUAUUGGCAUCCUGUAUACUAACAGAUAAUUCAUUCGCCAAAUGUGGCCAAAUAUGUAGCCAAAACGCCACCAUCGGCUCACAAGAGAAACUGAUCAGCAGACCCAGGUUUGUAGAAGUGGACCCACAACCCCAUACCCAAAAUACCUUCAGGAACACCAGCGGGGAGGUUAGGAGGUGUCAAUGCAGCUUACGAACUAAGCAGGCUCAGUUGUAUGGAAUGCUGACUGCUUUGGAUGGAAUGAAAAAUUGGUGGGGAGAGGAAAUGGAAUGAAGGAUACUGGAAAGGGCAUGGCUACCUGAAACUCUUAACAGGAGUACUCCACACUACUUGUUACUCAUAAAAUUCAGAUAGCCAUGUGCUGAUACUCCUCCUCUUCUGAGGCAACCCUGGAAAGAGAGACGGGGAAGGGAAUGCAGUAUCAGACUGGAAACCAUGAACAGGAAACCUAGACAAGCCGAUAAUUGUUGCUUGUUAGCGUAUGCUUAGGGGCAAUUGUAUCAGACAUUGUAAAGGGUUGAGAGGGAGUAGCUUUGCAUACUUAGUCAGAUAAGGUCUGGAUAAGGCCAGGAAGAAAGCUGAGUCAGCUACCCUGCCUUCACCAUUCCUCCUUAGGUCAUGGAAAUGCAGCUUGUAGCUUAUCCAUGUGGCGCCAACCUUAAACUACCUUUGACUCAUAUGACUAAAAGGUAAAAGCUCUGGUGGAUUACCAUGCAGGGAAAUGGGAUUAGCACCCUUUGGCUAAAUUCCCUUUGGUCUGUUACAAAGCUACAGAGAAUUACCCAAGGCACACUUAGUCCCAAACAGUUUGAAACUAGUUGUUAGCUCUGAGUCACUCGAGAGACGCACAUUAAAGAAAUAGCUUUUCUGUUGACACUCCACAAAUCAUGCAAGAUAUAAAUUCUCAGUAAAUCCACGCCAGGGGAAAUGUAAAACUGGGACUGCACAGAGCUGCAUCACAAUUUUUUAGCUUAAUUGUAGGAUUAAUUUAGGUGAGAAGGGGGAAAGUUCUGACUUUCUAGCACUAGUACAACCCAGAAGCAAUUCAUCAGCUUAAUCACACAUAAUGAGGAGGUACCCUUGCUGCAGGGUGAGAGCAUCGCUGACUUUAACACCUCCGGAUAUCUGCAGAUCUGCACCCAAGAGUGUAAGUGUGCAUGUUUGCCUUUUAAAAGGUUUAGAAAUUAACUACAAUAUAUAGUUGCAGCACUUCAUCAGUUAGUUCAGUAAAUCACUUUCAAUUGAUAAAAAUGUGCAUCAGGAAUCAUACUUUUUUAUUUUUAAAAUGUGUACAGUUUUCAAUGCAUGUUAUUCUAAAACCCUAACAGGAUGGUCAUUCCUAUUGUAUAAAGGCAGUCCUCAAUUUGUAGGGCUGUCUGGUCCAGUUCUGGCCUGGAGCCAAAUUAAUCAUAGAUUAAUCAAAGAUUGCCUGAUUUAAAUGCAACUACAAGCUAUAGCUAUAACAAUCCAGGAAGCGAGAGGGAAUCCAAACACGUGUGGGGAAGGAGGAUGUGAGUGGGUCCAUAGCAUAGUCACGACGGUCAAAGCAUAGUUUGUCCAUGACAUCUAGAAUGAACCCGUGUGGUGGACUAGGCUAAUAGAUGAUGAGUGGGUCAGAGUUGAGAACACCCAGCUUCAAAUCUGAUGUUUUUGUUGAUAUUGCAUUUGCACUUACAAUGCACCAAACCAGUGCAGAGAGUGGGUAGGCUCAUCAUCAAGGUGGUCCUCAGACAUGUUUCUCUUCGUUUUUUCGUUUCAAAGGGGCUGACACAGAAAUACGUCUCAGUGGAUUGUGCAUUUUGUUUUCUUAAUUUUUGUCUUCUACUAGCAAAUUCCAAUAUACAUACUUCUUCACUGGAAGAUUUGCCUGAAUGCAGCACCUGCAUCAAUUACUUUAUCCAUGCAGCAGCACCCCCCUGCCACUGCCCAGAAACAUCACCCCCAUGGAAUUGAUGUCAUUUCUGUAAAAUCCUUUUGUGCUGAUUAUAGCAUCCUUUUCGAAUAAUCCAAAUAUUGUUCAUCGAGGGUUCUGUUUCCUCCCCCUCUUUAUUAAAAGCUGCCAUAGCAAUCCCCCUUUUCCUGUUCCCAGGGUUUCACUUAACAAUAACUUCCUCUCACAACACCUCUUUCAUCCAGGGGCUGGACAUCUGUCUUCCUUCCAAUUAUGAGAAGCUUCUUCUGGCUUCUAGUUCAGCUGGGCCGUGUUAUCCCUCUUUUCCUCCAUCUGUACCAAAAUAUUACCACAGUCCUGAGCAGCACAGAUGUGGUUUCGAGCUGGAAACAAAAACAAAUUUGUCUCAAGGGGAUCGACUGACACUGAAUUCCAGGGAAGCAUUGCAAACGCUGGCUCUCUUACAAAAACAAAUAGAUGGGCAGAGAGAUAAGACACCAAGUGUUUCAAAUGAGGUUCUCUUUUAUGCUCAUUUCCAAAGACUUGAAGUGGUUGGUUAAGGUGGGAAAAGACAAUUGAAAUGGACCAAGAUGUUAACCUUAGUUGUGUUUAUGUCUUCAGAAAGGACAUGUUUUGUUUUGUUUAACUAAAUAUUACAUUGAGAUUAAUAGAAGCCCUCCUGAUUCUGGAGGCAUUGGAUAGUAUCUGCAUAUUCAAGUGCAGGCUUUGCCGGGGUAACCAACCUAGUGUCCUCCAGAUGUUGUUUGACUUCAACACCCAUCAGCCCCAGCAAGUAUGGCUGAUCUUCAUGGAUGAUGGGAGCUGUCCAACAACAUCUGAAGGGCACUGUAUUGGCUACCUCUGCCAUCUAAUUCCACUAUGACAUCCUCUUGAGCUCUUCCCUUUUUAUUUCCUUGCAUUUCCUGCCUUUCCCAUUUCUUCUGAAGUUAGGUUGCACAAAGCAGAAUUCAUUGCUACAGUCAUGCAAAAACACAAUUGCUUUGGAUACAGCCUAUUUGAUUUGUAAGUAUACACAGCAUAAAAUUCAUGGAAUUAAUUUGCAAAGCAGUUUAGAUACAGCCAUUUAUCGUGAGAACCUCAAAACCGGAGCCUGAAUUCAUCUUAGCCUAUAACUUGUUUAUACAGUUGUAAGGUGAAUCAAAAGUUGAAGCAGUAAACAUUUACAAGACUACUGAGUGCUGCCAAGCAAACAAAAAAAACCUUAUGGUAAGCUAUUAAAAAAAAAGCUUAGCAUAUUUAUGUGCCUUUUCUCUUGUUUUUAGCUGAAAGUAAACCAAAACCAAUAGAGCUAACAACAGGCAAGAAAAAUGUUUUGGGGUUUUUUUGUCAACUGAAAAACAACUUUUAAGUAGAAACUACUUUCUUCCUAUAUACACAAAAAUCUAAGUCCAUUGCCAUUUUGCAGUUUGUGUAGCCUCAGGUCUCAUCCUCAGAAAACGACACAACUGGGAACAAAAUGAGAACAAAAUGGGCCAGGACUCACCUAAAACUUGCAUAGACCUUAGGAGUAUAGAACUGAAUAUUUUGCGUCUUUGCUUUUAUAACUCUGUUUUGUUCCUGCAAAAGAUAUUUAGCUAGCAUAUGGAAUAUAGGGUUCUUACAUUUCCCAUGUGUAAGAUUUUCAGAGCAAGUAGCACAGGAAAAUUCCUUUAGUUAAGUAAAUCCGUUAAAUUUUUCAGGAGAUGCCACUAUAUAUACCUGUCAGUUGGCUUGAUGAGAAGUUUAUCUUCAGGGCACUUUAUGUAACUAUUGUGUCUGAUUAUAUAAAGCUCACCUAAAUAAAAAAUGCUGGCUCUUCAAUUAAUUAUGACCUUUGCAUUCAGGCCUGGGCUACAGAAGUUGGUGGUGAGAACAACACAAGUAGGGAUUCUUCUCUUCUCUGCCUUAGAUGACCACUAAGAUGUUGUAGAAGAAACGGUCCCAGGGCUUUCAGUUUCUGUCUGCACCCCAAUGACUUUGGAUCUCACUGUCAGGCUGUGCGAUCGGGUCAGAUCAGGGCAGCAAGGGGCAAAACAAGAUAGCAAAAAGGCCGUGGACUGUUUCUAGCAUCUAAAUCCCAACGAAAAACAACACUUGUACUCAAUCUUCUCAGGGCUGCAUUCACACUGUGCACAGGCUUCCCAAAGGCAUUUGGUUGUUCUCUGUGAGAACAGUUUGCAUGUCAAGGACCCCCAAGACACCCCUGAAUAAAAACACGGUUCACACAUCAUUUUUGUUUGGGUUUUAGGCAUAAUUUUAGCCACAACUUUAUUGAAUUACAGUAUGUGAGUGGUUGCUUAGGCAUUGGUUAGCGGCUAUCUGUUCCCACUUGGAGGUAGGAACAGAACUGACAACCACACCGGUGCAGAAGUCAGUAAGGGUAAACAAUUUUGGGGAGAGAAUAAAGCUGGGUGCCAGGCUCACACCUCUCCCCAAAUGCUCCCUGGGGCUCUUGCGUGGCCCUAGCCCUUUGUCAGGGAUACGAACAAAAGCAUGGCAAGCCUCUGGAGUCCUUUAACGGAAUACCCUUGCAGCAGCAGCAUUGAAGGGGCAGGCACAGCCAACCUCAUCCCCUCCACCAACCAAAAAAUUAACCAAUGCCUAACCGCAGCUUACAAGUUGUGACGAUUUGCUACGCAGUAGGCAAAACCCAAAUGGCACCAGCCAAUCAGCCAAACGGUAAAAUUCCUACCAGGCCCCUGCUCCAAAGCAAACGACUCCAUGACAGGCAUAGCAAGGUCAGCGCAAACAAACCCUAAAUAAAGGGAGGGUGGGCGGGUAAUCCGAUGUGCGCAGCGAAAAGAAGAAGCUCAACGCUGCGCACAGGGACCUAUGUAGCACCCCCAUCAAUCAAAUAAAAUUGCAACCAUCAAUUUUCCCCAGCAAUAUUGGGGGUGCCCAAUCAAAUUUGUGGCCAUCCAGACUAAUCCGCCCAGCAACAGGGGAUGUCAUGGUUGCUCCCACCGCAACACGUGCUCUCCAUGAAGGAGAACCCGCUUUGUUGGACUAGAUGGGCCAUUGGCCUGAUCCAGCAGGCUCCAGUGUGGUGUAGUGGUUAAGAGCGGUGGACUCGUAAUCUGGUGAACCGGGUUCGAUUCCCCACUCCUCCACAUGCAGCUGCUGGGUGACCUUGGGCCAGUCACACUUCUUUGAAGUCUCUCAGGCCCACUCACCUCACAGAGUGUUUGUUGUGGGGGAGGAAGGGAAAGGAGAAUGUUAGCCACUUUGAGACUCCUUAAGGGGAGUGAAAGGCGGGAUAUCAAAUUCAAACUCUCUUCUGAACUUAUUAGGGUUUUUGUUUCAAAAAAUCCACACACUGAUGUUGGAAUGUGGGGAACUGAACUCAAGAUGGGGGAAAAUGAGAAACGGAAAGAAGCUGAAGGGGACAGAUUUGCAAAUAAGCAGUGAGAAGAGCGAGGAAAAGGAGCAGUAACUUCCGCAUUCCUUGGGCUUUAUGAGAUGGUGAGAAGCAGGGAUGAUUGUGGCGAAGAGAUGAGCCUCCAAAUCUUGGUCCUAAAUGUCUCAUCUUAACAGCUGGAAGCAAUUACUCCUGGAGUCAGCUAGUUAAAAGUGCAUAACAAUGAAUAAGACAUGUUUAGGGACCCGUUGUUAAUUAGCCAUUAUUUUGAGUUCCCUUGCAGCUUUAACUGAGAUGCUUUAGCUCACUUCACAGCACACCCUGCCUCAAAAUGGCACACAGAAUCUCUAGUGCUUUAAGACAUUUUGCUGCGGGAUGCCUUAUGUAACAAGCCUUGCAUAACUUCUGCUAAAAGCACCUCCAGCAGCAUCAGGCUCACUCUCUGAGGUUUUAUGCCAAAAUGCAAGUGAAGUUUGAAGUUAGUUUUUUAAAAAUAAAAAAUAAAAAAUCAUAACAUCAGAGUGGAACUAUAAAGCUGGCAUCCGUCUGUCCCGGGAGACAAUAAAGGAUUGCGCCUUUGGGGGGUGAAGUCAAACUGUUGGAGGGUUAUAGCACCUGCUGAGGCUGUAGAGACCGAUACAGGAGAGGCAUGUUUUGUUGCAGCUGGAGCCGAUGUAGGCAUCCAGUUGUCCUGCUGCAGGUGCACCACGGCGUGUCUUCUCUCUGAGCAUCCUAAGCACAGUUACCCAAAAACUAUGCACUUCGUUUGGAAGCGUGUGUGUGAAAAUAUUUGCAAAACUGAGUGCCCCCUUUUGGCACUGCUAGAUCCAGUCUAGUGCGCGCGCACACACACACACGCACACACACACACACACACACACUGUGCCCCCCCCCUAGAAAAAUAGGUGCUGGUACUCACCAUGAAGUUGUUAUAGUAAGUACCACACUUUUUAACAAUGAAAAACAGGUGCCAGUACUGCAUACCCUUGAGAACCCCCUGGAAAAAACACUGUGUGUGUGUAUCCAUCUCAGUGCCCAUAAAAGAAAAUCAAAUAGUUCUUGGACAAGUUUGGAUUUGAUAUCCCGUUCUUUCUACUGAGCCCAGUCAGUCGUCAGUCAUGCUCAGAACCAUUUGACGUGAUUGACAAUGGUUGCCCAAGACCUCCAAUGAAAGGCCUUGUUCCCAGCCUGGUUAUUUAAGAUAUUUUAGCUGAAUGGGGUAGAAGUAAAAUUUGGGUAUAUAUUCUGCCACUGGAAUUUGGAAAAAAUUGAAAGGAGAGAAAUGUUUCCUGGCUAGGAAUUAAGCUCAGGCCAUAGUAGGGAGAGUGCCAAAUCUGGACCAUUGGACUCAAACCCUUAUGCUCUUUUGUUAUCAUCUCCCUCUCUUGAGACAGACGCUGGGAAUGAGCGCGCCUGAAAUAUUAAUAAUUCCUAAUAGGUCUUUGUCACAUGAGGCGUGCUUUGUGACGAUACCCCUCCUUCCUCCCCCCUCCAAAAAACGGGGGAGUUAAUUGAAUCAAUGAAGUGAACAGCACAGCCAUCCAGCAUAUGCCGGCUUCCCCUGUCAGCCCCAGUCAUUACUGCAGGACCCAUUGUCACUCCUCGUUGCUUGAUUACACCACUUGGCCUGCGAGGGGAUUUGAUGGGAAGUGUCCAAUGAGGGGCCAAGCUGUUUCUAAAGUCAGCUUUGCAAAGCCCCAGAUAAAAGGGGGCUUCCCUUAAUAAGGCAGGAAAAGGUUAGGACGAGAGGCAUUACAGCAAAUCUGGAAAGAGGUAAGGUGAUAGUUUUCUCUGAGGCUUAGAGAACAGAUGGGCUCCCAGGAGGUUCUGCAUGCGGGUAACAGAAGAGCUGUUUCUUUUCUAGGAACACGCUUAUCACUUGUGUAGAAAGUCGGCAGAGCUUUUUGCAGCUUUGGCUACGAGCUAGCCAAGAAGGAGAGGGCUUUUAAAAUUUAAUCAGAAGUUAGGAGAAGCAUCCUCUCAGCCUGGCAGCUCCUUGCUCUGAUAUGCUGGCAGGCAGCUGGGUUUCUUGCUUCUUCUUCAGCUGCCUCUCUAGGUCCAGUUUUGAGCCUUAGUUAUUGGAGAGGCACUUGCAUGCUUCUGGGUGCGUUUAGCGGUUUCAGCACGGUACGAGCCUCUCUGAUCCUGACGAGAUCUUGCAUUCUCUGCUCCCAAGGAAACAGCCAAACUGGCAGGCAGCAGAGCUAAUGUAGUGAAAUGAUGGCAGAUAAUGCUUGGCAAUGUAGCUGCCAGCCUUGCGCAUGGGUGUUAAAGGGGCAGCUGCAGAGCAAGAGAGCACCCCCCAAAAAAAACCCCACUUAAAGAGAAUGCAGUGAGUUUUUGAACAACGCAUGGUGAUAACAGACAUGUUGAUGCAGGCUACGGGUUGAAAAGCUAAGCACAUCAAAGAGUUCCAGCUUCUCUCCUGCAGCUCUGUGCAAGAGAGAAAAAGAGGGUAUAGUGGCAGGCAGCUGUUAGGAAGUAUGGCCCGUUUGUUUUAUGAUGCCGCGUUGGGAAUCAGAUCUGGUUCCUCUGUAAGGGAAAGCGUGCAGUGAAAGGGCAGAGUGGAGAAUUUAGAAGCUGCAGAAAAUAGCCGGCGUGUUUAGCAUGGCAGGAAGGUAGCAAGAAAUCCGUGCUAAUGCUAGGUCUAGUCUGGAAGCAACCCAGGAGCGGGUGGGGGCCACCACCACCCUCUUUUUCUUGUUUAAGUUUAUAUACUUGUGUGUGUAUUUAAAGCAAUAAUCCCCUUUACUGAUGAUGUUCGUAAUAAUCACGGUCAUUGAUAAUAUAUUUUUGUCAUUUCUUAGUCAGAUGUAUAUGAAGCUAUGACUUGCGUUUCUGCAAACAGCAGAUAAGGUGGUAAGUCUGUAUCUGGACUGCACCAUUUCAUAUUUAAGGUACAGGCUCAGAUCAGUGAAUGUUCUUCCAUACAAAAACAUUCGCUUCAGAUGCAGAACUUUGCACAUCAUGUCUUCCUCCUGACAUACUAGCCGCCUUUAUGCAUGGAAUUUUUUUGUAUGGAGUGUAUAAUCAUGGGAGCCCCUGCCCACAGUUUGAAAUGGUAAUGCCCAUAGCCAGAUUUGCCACUUCAUCUGCUGUUUGUAAGAACUAGGCCACUUUCUCAGGGUAAUAGGGUUAAUUUUUUAUAAGGAAUCUUGAUGCUUGAUUGCAUGCAUGAUGUGAUUUUUUAAAAAACAAAAAAACAAAAACCUGAAUAUAUAUCCUGCACUUCUUCCGAAAGGAGCCUGGGGCAGCAUAGAAAAAUAGAAAACGAAAGAUCACAGUUCUGCAAAAAAAAUUAUGGGCAUACAGUACCUCUGUGGAGGACUAUGUGUUACUUACUCACUAUCUGGGAAUUGCCCAGGGAGCUGACUUGUAAUACUGAAGUAGUUUGUUGUGCACACUGAAGAAGAAUGAAACUGAUGAAAUUCAAUCAAAUGUUGGUUGGCUGAAACAUAGGAGAUGAUAGAUAGAUAGAUAGAUAGAUAGAUAGAUAGAUAGAUAGAUAGGAAAAAAACUGUACCAAUGACCAGAUCAAAUUAUACAGCUUUCAAAUUCUUUGCAGUUCUGUAUCCUGCUGAAAACAUAGAAAGACUCCAGCCUAGUAAUGCAUGAUAUUUAUAGAUCUCUAUAUAAGGCCAGACGAGUGGAAGAGAACAGAGUUCACUUCUCUUUCUCUGUUGUCUCAGUGAGACCUGCUGUUGUCAUUUGGCUUCUUCUGCACUAAUUUGAAAUCCUCUUUUUCUCCCCCCUCUCCUAACAGCUUUCCAUGAAGGAGGUUGGGGACGGGCUACAUGAACAGAUGAACUGCAUGAUGGGUGCUCUGCAGGAGCUGAAACUCCUCCAGGUCCAGACAGCUUUGGAACAGCUGGAGAUCUCAAGCAAUCCAAGCCAGGUACCAGGAAUCGGCCAGCACCAAUAUUGUCAAAACAAUAAGGAGGCACCAAGGGCAAGGUGUGAAGCCAGCAGACAGGGCGAGAAGCUGCUGGGAAGAAGCUACUUGCAGGACUGCAGUUCCUCAGCCUUUUCGUGCUCUACUCAGGGGUCACAAUCCGCCAGCCCGCUUCACCGCAUUACUUUGCCAGACAGUAGCCAUGGAUACAUGGCUUCUUCCCUUAACAGCAUAAGCAGUGAGGACUACUAUCAUGCGAGCGGACAUUCAUCAACAGUGAGCACGGCAGAGUACCAUUCUCCGAGGACGUUUGAGUCGUCCAGUGAGCACAUGACGAGAAGCUGGUUUUCCCAAGACACAAACAGCUGGUCCGAGAGUAGAUCGGGGUGCAGGGAAUGUCAGUUCUCUGAUGAGACUAACGACUGGACUUCCUCGCUAAUGUCUCAGAGCAGGAAUCGACAGCCUCUCAUCUUGGGCGACAACAUCUUUGCUGAUUUGGUUGGAAACUGGUUGGAUUUGCCUGAGAUAGACAAAAAGGUGGAGAAGAAUGAGACAACCCUGUCAAGCAGCAGGUCCCAGGAGUUUUGCAGAAAGUUCUCUCUCACAGCCAAUAUCUUUAAGAAGUUCUUAAGGAGCGUCCGGCCAGAUCGAGACAGGUUGCUGAAGGAGAAGCCUUGCUGGCUGCCGACAGAAGAUAAAGAGGCCGAAAUCUUAAAGAGGCCCAAAAAGGCAAGCAAACAGAAGGGAACCUUUUACUUCCCGGUCCAUGGGAACCUAGCAAACUCACACGACAAAGCAGAAAGGUGCCAAAAGAAGGAAACAGGCAAGGCCAAGGCCAAACAUUGCACCAAGAAGAUCCACAACACAAUAGAACACACUCAGUCAGGGUUUGAUUUUAACACAGCUGUAUGGGUCUGAACUCCCAGAACUUGUUAUCUCCUUUGCCUCCACUGUCCUGCCCCAAUCAGGAGAUAAAACAGCGAGAAAGGUGGAAGAAAAAGAGAUCUGGCAUGCAUGGACUGGGGUGAGGAAAGGGAGAAGGAGUUGAUCUCCAUACAUUGACACAAAUCACUUCCCAACUAACAUCUAUUGGAUAAAGGGAGUCAGUUUGUAUGCAGAAACUCCCCACACUAAUGUUUAAGAGAAUCUUUCACAGUUUGGGGAAGGAGGGGGCACAGCAGCGUCUUAAUUAGCUGUUCCUCUAGACUCCCACUUUCAUAGGCUUCAAGGUUGCCAAACAUUUUCAGUUCAUCUCUGAUUCAGGUAGCAAGAGAAUGUUACGUCUCAGUAUGUGUGUGUGUGUGUGUGUGUGUGUGUGUGUGUGUGCAAGCUGGUGUAUGUGUGUUUACAAUUUAACUCUGCUUUUUUCCUGUGUGCACUAAAUCCUGGAUCACACUCCGGGCAAAUGAAUAAGCACUUGAUAAUUAAAUUAAGAGUGAGGGUUGGAUUUGUAAGAAGAAGAAGAAGAGAGGCUGUGGGAAAUGAUUUGAGUGAAGUUUGUACAACCACAUUGCGUUUUGACUGUUCUUUUUCUAAAGCGUUUUUUUCUGGCUCACCCCUCAUGAUCUGUACUGUACUAGAAUGUGUCUAAAGAGUGCUAUGUAGUGAGUAGCCAACCCAUCGCUGCAACUUUAGGGUUACCAAACACGCUUCACCUCUUCAUUUUGCCCUCAAAGCCUUAAACUCUGAUGCCACACUGAGGUCCCAAGUUGCAAUAGACCUUUCCUUGACUUUAUUGUUUCAUUUUGCAUUUCUUACUCUGUACGAGUUUAGUCUUGUGAGAAAUUAGUUCUCCGGCGGUCAGCUCUCCCAAGAGUUUGUUAUUAAUAAAGCGAUGUUCCUCUCUCCA